UUAACCAUCUUCCUCCUUCAAUUCCCUGCACACAUAUUCAAUUCCAUAUAACAUUCGACCUUCUAUCUUUGUUCUUAUCGUGUUCACUACCAUUUUCUCCUAAUUUUAUUCAUUCACAAUCAAAAUGGUAAGCGAGUCCACUUCUUUAUCUUCUUUUUUUGAUACUUCUGCCGAGCAAUUUGGUGGAACCAAAUUCUUGUCGGCAGGAGUUGCGUCUCCAGACGACAUCUUUAGUAUUCUCGAGGCGUUAGAAGGUGUGUCAGAUGAGUUCCCGUCUUUGAUAGAUGAGACGUCUGGUGGUGUGAAGGAUGGUGGUUUGGUGUCCCAGAAAUCAACUUCUUCAAGUGGCAUGGAGACUAUCUCACCGAAAACUAAGAGACAAAAGGUGUCGCCACGAGGAGAAGAAGGCGGUGAAAACUCGGAUGGACCUUUGAAGAUGAAUCAUGUCACUGUCGAGAGAAACCGGAGAAAACAAAUGAACGAACACUUAACCGUUCUUCGGUCACUCAUGCCUUGUUUUUAUGUUAAAAGGGGUGAUCAAGCAUCAAUCAUUGGAGGAGUGAUUGAUUACAUUACUGAAUUACAACAAGUGUUACAAUCUCUAGAAGCAAAAAAGCAAAGAAAAAUCUACACUGAUGUUUUAAGCCCUAGGUUCAUUUCAAGCCCUAGAACCAUACCUCUAAGCCCUAGAAAACCACCUUUGAGCCCGAGACCGACCUUACCGAUAAGCCCAAGAACCCCUCAGUCAGCAAGCCCAUACCGGCACAAGUUACCAUCAUUCAUGGCUAGUACUAUCCCACCAGCCUCACCUUGUAACUCUUCAUCAAAUUCCGACACCAUCAACGAGCUUGUUGCAAAUUCAAAGUCAUCCUUUGCUGAUGUUGAGGUUAAGUUUUCGGGCCCUAACCUUGUUUUAAAGACUCUAUCACCGCGGUUACCAGGCCAAGCGACCAAGAUCAUUUCGGUUCUUGAAGAUUUGUCUCUUGAAAUUCUUCAGGCUACAAUCAACAUUGUUGAUGAAAAAAUGGUUAAUGCAUUUACCAUAAAGAUUGGAAUCGAAUGCAAGUUAAGUGCCGAGGACCUUGCGCAACACAUUCAGCUCACUUUUUGCUAGUACGUACGUUUGUUGGUUCAAAUUAUCACCACCGGCCUCCUUUCAUUAGACGAUGGUUUUGUUGCUUUAAGACCAUAUCCGAUACAUCGUAUCUUAUGCAUUGGGCAUGAUGUUAUAGAGCACGGUACAAUCAUCUAAGGAAGCAAGGAUGGCAAAGGAGGAUUACAUAAUUAUCGCCCUAACUACAUAUAUCUAUUUCAAUCUAUUUAUAACAAUAAAAGAUUGGAGUAAGAUUUUCUAUCAUUUAUCAACGUAACUGCAUGUAAUAGAUAAGUUGUGAAUUGUAUUUCUCCUUUAAUCAGUUAGUUUAACAUCUUUAUU